CUGUUCGUUUGGCAUCACAGUUCCAUUUGCGCUUCUCAUCAAGCAAGCUCAGCUCUAGAAAUCCCGAAAAUCACUUCUUUGAAAUGGCUCAGAAAUUGACUUUGGUUUGUUGCGCUUUGCUGGGCGUUGCGGCGGCCAGCUAUCUGCCACAUGGUGGCUAUGAGCAUGGCCAUGGCGUGGGCUACAGCAUUAAGACGCAUCAUGAGGCACCCAAGACGUGGCAUAGCCACGAGCAGGUGCAGCACUGGGCACCGCAGCAGGAGCAGCACUAUCAUGUGGCAUCACAGCAGGUGCACUGGGCACCACAGCACCAUCAUGUGGCUGAGGAGGCACAUCAUCAUCCCAAGUAUCAGUUCGACUAUGGCGUCAAGGAUACCAAGACGGGCGACAUCAAGCAGCAGUGGGAGACGCGUGAUGGCGACAAGGUGAAGGGGGGCUACACCAUGAAGGAGGCUGACGGACGCACUCGCAUCGUGGAGUACACGGCCGAUGACCACAAUGGCUUCCAGGCUGUCGUUAAGCACAUUGGACAUGCCCACCAUCAGCCAGAACACAAGUCAUAUGAUCAUGCUUACUAUGGACAUGGCCAUGGACAUGCCAGCAGCUAUGUGGAUGUGAAACAGGAUACGGGCAGCAAAUGGUGGUAAAUUGAAACGGAAGCUAACUUUUGAUAAAAAAAAAAUCCACAAAACCUCUGUAAAAA